AUGGCCAUGUUGGGUACGGAGAUACUGGUCCGUGCCAUCCAGCGCCUUGGUUUACGGGUGGCCCCCGAGAAGACGGAGGUGGUUGCUUUUGCCGGCCGCCACCACGAUCCGUUGCCGGAGGGAAUCCAGCUUGCUGGAGCCCAUGUGCCCGUUCGUCGGCACAUUAAGUAUUUGGGACUACUGGUCGACGGACAGUGGUCGUUUCGCGCCCACUUUCAGGCAGUCCUGGAGAAGGGGGAACGGGUGGCCUCCUCGUUGGGACGGCUUAUGCCGAAUUUGCACGGCACAGGCGAGCGACAACGCCGCCUUUACGCGAUGGUGGUCAACUCCAUCGUCUUGUAUGGGGCCCCGGUGUGGGCUGACGAUCUUCUCCGCUGUAGGUGGGGGUGCGUCGCGCUCCGCCGGCUCCAGCGGACGAUGGCUUCGCGCCUUGUGUGCGCGUACCGGACGGUGUCCGGCGUGGUAGCGGGGAUGCUCGCCUGCACUCCACCAUUCGAGCUGCAGGCUCAGUGUUUGAGUCGGGCGUUCCGUGCAACGCGUGAUCCCCCACCGGGUGAUCCCUUUCCUGACGUCGCGGAGCUGCGGCGCAAGGCGCGCAAGGAGAUGAUUCGGCAGUGGAGCGCUCGCGUGCGCGACCCCAGACUGCCGGGCGCGGAGGUACGGUUCGCCUUGGGCCCCGUCCUCCGCAAGUGGGUUGACCGACCACAUCGGGGUCAGUUGACAUACCGGACGACACAGAUGCUCGCUGGCUACGGCAGCUUCGGCGAAUAUCUGCACCGUAUUGGCAAAGCGAGAACGCCAAAAUGCGAGCAUUGUGACGCAGCCGUUGACACGGCUCGUCACACGCUUGCCGAGUGCCCUGCAUGGAAAGCCGAACGCAGAGCACUCUGUAAGGUAGUCGGACCGGACCUGUCCCUGGCGGUGCUAUUCCGCGGCAUGGCCACCGACGUUGUUGUGUGGGAUGCGGUCGUCUCCUUUAGCGAAGCAGUAAUGCUCGCUAAGGAGACGGCGGAGAGAGAUAGAGAAGCCAGGGGACGUUCCCCUGUUGGUAGUGCCGAGUAA